AUGUCACCCUCGUCUAACUCUAGCUAUCUUUUCGUUGCUGGGAUCUUGGCUCAGUGCAUGCUUGUAUUGAGCCAGGACGCCGAACCCAAGCCACGGGAUCCUAUAUUGAAGUAUACCCCAAGCAAAGGAUGGGCAGUUGUCAUGGGAUCUUUAUAUGCAUUGACUGCGCUUGCAUGCGUGACGUGGUUCUUCCGGCACCGAGGCCGUUAUAUGUUUGCUAUCAUAAUUGGUGCGGGAUUCUACUCAAUUGGACUCUUCCUUCGUAUCAUGUACGCGGGCGACCCAACUAAUGUUGGCAAAUAUGCUGUUAUGAACUUGAUUAUCCUACUUUCUCCAUGUGGUUUUAUUGCGGGUGUAUACAUGUUGCUCAGCCGUCUUGCAUAUCAUUUGGAUGCGGUUGAUUUAUUGGCAAUUAAUGCACGCAAGCUCACUAAAAUCUUCGUAAUAUCCGACGCUGUAACGUUUUGGAUCCAGGCGACGGGUGGUGGAUUGACUGCAACUCAAAAUCCCAGCACACGGAACCUCGGGAGCAAGGUCUUCCUUGGAGGACUCGUUGCCCAACUCAUCUCGUUCUUGGUAUAUACUGUUGUAUUUGCCCUCUUCAUUCAUCGCGUCUAUAAGUAUCGGAGGGAGGAGUGGGAUAAUCGCCCACAAGGAUUCAGAAACCAUUGGCUGGCGCUCGUUUGGAUGAUGGCGAUUAGCUGCUUAUUUAUUAUUAUUCGUUCUGUCUACCGUGCGGUCGAAAGCGCAGAAGGGCGCGAGGGGAACCUCGCUUCCCAUGAGCUUUAUUUCUAUAUUUUGGAUACCAUUGCGCUUUGGAUUGCCAUCACUGUUUAUUUAAUUACUUGGCCACCGAGGUAUCUAACAGGAUACACCGGCAAACCCAAGAAGGAAAGUAUUCCCAUGUCGAGUGAUUCGGUCAACGUAUGA